AUGAAAAUUUAUUUUUAACAUCAUUAUACGCUCGUCAUCAGCAUGGAAAUGUUGAAAGUAUUCACUUUUGCCUCCCUGCUUUUAUUUCACCAAUUGGUGACCACAAAUGCAACGGGAAGAUCCAAAUUCAGUAGGGCACAUUUCGAGAAUUUCACUCUGGAAAUUAGAAACAACACCAUGUAUAUGGAUAUGGUAACCUCCAAGACGAUUCACCGCGGCCUUAAGGUCCUUCUCGACAUGCAGAUAAGCCUCGAUAAGGGCAGAAGAUACCAACGUCUUUUCGCCAACAUUCUGGACACCUGUGGCGUGAUUUCCUCGGUGAGGACAAGCAUCUUCAAGAACUGGUUCGAUAGCAUGCUGAAGCACGGAAAUUUUAUGGUCAACUGCCCCGUGCCCGCGGGCCACUACUUCCUAAAUGACUGGAAGCUGGACUCGCAGUUGGUCCCGCAUUAUUUGCUUCCCGGGGAUUAUUGUGUGACUGCUCACUUUUUCUAUGGCAAGCACAAGUCGAAGCAGGAGGACUUUUUUCUGGACCUGGACGUCUAUGCUCUGCUAACAGCCACGUAG